CCCACAAGAGUAGGGUCUGGGGAGGGUGUGUGUACGCAGACCUUACCCCUACUCGAAAGUAGAGAGGCUGUUUCCAAAGAGACCCCCGGCUCAACGUCGAAAGUUGCAUUGCUUGACUAACUGCUACUUCAUUAAUUAAAGAAGCGCAGACAGUUUAGAGAUCCAUUUUGAUUUAUUCCAUCACACCCCAAAGCCAAAAAAUGGCAGGGUGCAUUUGCUGUUAAAGACUAUUCAAUGCACAGUCUGAAACUUAGAGCUUCAUCACACCAUCUCUGGCAUGGUUCCACAGAUGUUUCAAUAACAAAGUUCCUUUUAUCUGGUGCUCAGUGCCUGUUCGAACAGAUCAUAAAUGCUCACAGAACAUCCUUUGAAGCUGAAAAGUACAAUAACAUAAAGUCAUUCUUUCAUCCUACUCCUGGGAAGAUUAUCACGGAAAAUGACGUGAAGGGCAUGAUAUCACUCCUUGCGUCUUCGAAUCAUGAAUAUUUUAAGUCAUUGCUAACUCUCUUAAUUGAGCCACUGCUCCAUGUCCUCUAUCUACCAUGCUCAAGUGAUUUUGUACAUAAUCUGGGUUCUGCGUGGUUAUUGAUUGGUGGGCUACGAUACCGUCUUUUGAUUAGCUAUACACAUUUUGAUCCCACUUUAAAAUAUACUGUUAAGUACUCUCAACUGAUGCAAAAAAUUGCUUCUCUCGAGCUUGAAAAUGAGGUAAGAAGACAGUGUACUUAUUUAGCAGGGUCUUUGCAAUUGAGAGAAUAUGAUAAACAUACCAAGGCGCUAGAAGGACUCAAUGCUAAGCUGACAAAACUUCAAAAAAAGAUUGUAUUCCGCUCUGAUCCUGGGAAGUUCAAGAGCCUGAAAGAUGACUGUGACGACUUCCUUAAUUCGGUUCAGCAUCUUGUUAGCUCAAUUUCUGCUGCAAAAAAUCUUCACAUUGAUAAUAUAUCUGAUCUUCUCCAAAAUUGGCAGAAGACCUCUUCACACUUUAUUGAGCGACUGUCUGAGGAAUAUGCUGAUUACAUUGAUAUAAUUCAACCAUUACAAGCAUCAAUAUAUGAAAUGAAAUUAGGCUCCUCUCUGGUCUUUUCAAGUGCUUCAGGUAGAAAGUUACUUGAGCAACUGGGGAAACAAGAUAUGGAUUCUGUUCUGGGGACGAUAUAUUCAUUCAUGAGAUUUCCCAGGGGGUGUGCGCAAAAAUGUGCUUCCUACAAGGUUGAAACUAUGGCGUACAAGUUUUCUUGGAAUGAUAUUGAACUGCCUACAGUUAUCAACACUAUGGACUUGCAUUUUGUUGAAAAUCUUGUCACGACCAAAGAUCGUAGCAUUGCUGAUGGAAUGGUCUCAGCUUCUCUUUAUCACAAUAUUCUAAUUCGAGUGAUGCACUCUGCUGCUGAUGCACACUUUAUGGAUAACUCAUCAUUUGAACUUAUGGAGAAGAUAUUUGAUGAUUUUGCAAAGCGUUGGUUGCAUAUGAAACUGCAUUUAAGAAUGAAAGAGGAAGAAAACAAUGAUCAACUACUUAGGUUUCGAUCGCGCACACUAAAGAUAGAAUAUAUCCUUGAUAGUGAUAUAUCCAAUUUAGAAACUGCUGCUUCAAAUGAGAGUUUCUUAGAUUGGAAGGAAACGCUCUCUGGUGAUGAACACUGUGACAAUGCAAAAAUUGACAAGGAAUGUGAGACUCCAGAGGAUGAAUGGAACUCUGUUGAAGACUCCAUAGUAAAUGACAUGAUCCAUAUUCAUAAUCAAAUCUUUGGCUCAACUGAUCUUUUUAAAAAUCCUGGAAAUAUUCAUGCAUCUGAUACAGACAGAUUAUCUUCUUUUGUUGACUCAUAUUCGCUGGGCAUAAAAAUGAAGAAAGAUUUGAGUGGUUUGGUUUGCUCAUCUUUGGAUGCUAAGCUUAUUCCAGAACAAUUACUUCGCUUGUGUUUGGAGCAUAAAAAGAUGUUCAUUCCUCACUGUCAAUCAUUGCAUGCGUACAACUUUUAUAAGGAUUCAAAUAUGCCUGCAAUGGCGACCAUGGUGGAACCUCUAACUUCUCUUAAACAGAAAAUUCUUUUUCUUUUGAAUGAAUGGGAUGAUCAUCCUGCUCUUCAGAAGAUAGCUGAGGUUAUUGACAUGCUCUUGGCUAUUCCUCUGAGUGCCCCUCUGGCUAAGGCCCUCUCUGGCUUGCAUUUCUUGCUGAAUAGAGUCCACAUGUUAUGUCAGACGGUUUCCAAGUUUCCAUUGUCUGAUCAAAUGAAACCUAUUUUUAAUCUGGUAUCCUUGUGGCAUAAGCUGGAGUUUGAAUCUUGGCUUGCUUUACUCGAAGAAGUUCAAGCUCAGUUUGAGACAAACGCGUCAAAGUUGUGGUUACCAUUAUAUUCAGUUCUUCGGUCAAAAGAGUGUACUGAUACCAAUGCAUGCACUCCAUCCUUAAUAGAAAGCUUGGAGGCAUUUGUUCAGAUGUCAUGUAUUGGUGAUUUUAGGAAACGUCUUCAACUACUUGUUGCUUUUCAUGGACACUUGGGUACUUCUACAAAAAGAGGUGCUUGUUCAAGCUCUGAGGAGAUUGUGAAAGUUCUCUAUAAUAGCUUUGGCUAUUAUGUGCAGUUUUUGCCAAUGAUUUUGGACCACAUGGAUGCCAGUAAAAGAAAUAUUGAAAAGGAACUAAAAGAGCUUGUGAAACUGUGCCGAUGGGAACGGGUGGAGGACUAUGCGGCUGUAGAGAGCUAUGGGCAAACUCGGCAGAAACUCAGAAAACUUGUUCAGAAAUUUACUGAUUUACUUCAACAACCUGUUGUUUCAAUUAUCAACCAAGAAGUGAAAGGAAGGAGUCUUAAUUCCCAAGCCAUCCAAGACACACAAAUCUCAGUUGACUUAUAUGAGAGGAGCAAGAAUAUUCUUAAUGCACUAUGUGAUCAGAUUGAAUUCAUCAAGAACAGCCCUCCAUAUGACGCUUGUUGGUUGAAGGAAGUUGAGUAUGUUGUCCAAGAUCUACAUAUCAGCAGUAGAACAGAAAGUUGUUUCCCUGGCUUAUCUUGUAAGGGAAACAUGGAAGAAAUGAGAAGAAUCUUCAAUGUUGGUCUUCUAUCUCAGUUUUCACAGAUGUCUUGGUUUGGUAAUUGGGAUCAACUUUGGCUUGCAAUUGAUGAAAUAUGUAGAACUGUAUUUGGUUGUGCGGAGGUAUGGAGAGAGGAUGGAAAGAAACUGGGAAGAAGAAGAGUUUUCUCCGAUCUACUAAAGGUCUUGGAUGUGUGUGGUUUGUCUAAGCACAGAUCAACAUUAAAAAAGGGCCAACUAGAAGACAAUUCAUCGAUACACUGGCUUCUUCAGCCAUCCUUUGAAGUGCGGGACCUGCUCUUGGUGCAAUCUGGGCUUUCCUCUGCUGAUGCUGAAAUUCUCGUUCUUAGAGAGCUUCACGCUUCUUCUGAUGAAAGUUUGAACUCCAAAUGGAAAUCUGCUAACCAGUACUAUUUCAAGAGCAUCAAAUCAAUGAAACUUUUGCAGAAUAUUAGUUUAAACUUUCAUAAGGAUUUUACUCUUGAACAGGUUGAGAGGUCAGGAUCUUAUAUUGACCAUCUUUUGACUAUUCAACAAGAACAGCGUGGAGUUGUCUAUGAUUUUGCCCGACAACUUAGACAUUUUAAGGAGUGCCGUUUACCUUUAGUCAACAUAUUCUCAAGCUCCCCUUUUUCUUCAGUUGAGAACACCGACAUUUGUUUGACCCAAAAUCAUUACAAAUCUUUCAAUUGCUUGUGGCAACAAAAGCAACUCUUUGAUAGCUUAUGGGCACUAUUACAUGAAGAGAGCCUGUUUUUACAAACAGUACUGGAUAACCAUUUGAGCUCUUGCACAAGUGUCAAACAUUCAGCAAUGGAAAUCCUUCUUUUCAUCAGAAAACAUAUUCCAGUUAUUAAAAAAUCUAAGGAUUUACUGGAUGAUCUUGUUCUUGGAGUUGAUAGAGCUACAACCACAACCGUAGGAGAGACGCCAUUGCAUCCAUGUGGCAUUACGGAUCACAUGGAGAAGAUGUUAACUCAAAACUUUACACUGGUAAAGUCCUUUGAGAAUGAAGUUCACACCUUCCGUAGUCAAGUUGUUGAUGGAGAUGCUGCAAUUGGAAAUACCCUGCUGGGACAUUUCAGUGAUAUAUUUAAGAAGGCCAACUUCAUUGCUGGACAGUUCAGUUCUGACUGUGAUUCUUCAGAAAAUAAAAUUUACUCCAACGAUCAUUUAGUAAAUAUCGUUGAUGCUGAAGAUCGUUUUGGUAUGUUGCUGUUGGAGACCUGCAAAUAUAUUAUGGAUGCUCUUCAUGCAAUGGGCUCAGUAGAGUUUGAUAUCCCUGAUAAGCUGAAUAUCUGUGUGUGGAAGGAGCUCUUGCAGUCAAAUAUUGCUAAACUACAGCUGGAUGUGAUUAGUGAUAGAUUACUUGAGACUAUCUGUCUUUCUAGAAAAAUAUUGAAUUAUUAUGGAAGCAGAAAUCCAAGCUCAACUUCGCUCAUUAGAUCACAUCUAAAACAUCUUUAUUCGUUGUCGAAUGCAAUCCUGGCUAUUAGUGAAGGCCUUCUGCACCGUUUCCUGAUGAUGCACACCAUGGUAUCUGUGAUGACCCAUGUCCUAGCAGAAGUUUUUUCAUCACUAUUUGUCAAUGGAUAUGGAUCUAAAGAAGACCAAACAAAUGAGUCUGGCCAGAGUGAUACUCAUGAUGCAAGUGGUACUGGCAUGGGUGAGGGCACUGGAUGUAAUGACAUUAGUGAUCAAAUAACUGAUGAAGAUCAAGUUCUUGGGGCUUCCAAUGAACCAAAUGAGCAACAAAAUAAUGCUCCAAAUGACAUGUCAAGUGCAAAAGACAAGGGCAUUGAGAUGGAAGAUGAUUUUAUAGCUGAAACAUGUAGUGUCAGUGAAGAUUCUGUUGAUGAUGAGGAUGGCACUGAAGAGGAUGGGGAAUUAGAUUCUGCUAUGGGACCGACUGGCGAUCACAGUGAAAAAGUUGAUGAGAAACCUUGGGAUGGGGAAGGAAAUGAAGAUAAUGAUAGCAUAGAUGAGAAGUAUAAGUCUGGGCAAUCAGUAAAAGAUAAAGGAGAUGAGCAGGAACUACAAGCUAAAGAUGAUACUGUUGCUUAUGAUGAUGAAAAAGAAACAGAAGGCCCCGAUCCUGGGGAAUUUGGGAAACAACAUGAUGAAAAUGGGAAUGAAGGCAUUGACGAUGAAACCGAAGACAUGGAUUUAGAUGAAGAAAAUGCACAUGUGGAUCCGACAGAUUUGAAACUUGAUGAACAGGAUCCAGGUCAAGUAGGUGAUAGUGGUGCUUUGGACCCAUCAGAGGAGGUUGAAUGCAUGGAGGAAGAAGAUAAAAAUCCAGAUGACUCUGUUAAAGGUGAGAAUGAAGAGGAGACAACAAACUCAAUGGAUGAUACUCCGGGAGAAACAAAUGACAAACAAAUGUAUGAAAAAAUGUCUGGGGAGGGUCAAGAGGAGGAUAGCCAUCAUGAUAGUUGCACGAACGAGGAACUACUGGAUCCAAAGAGAGACAGAAUUCAGCCCAAGGCUUCUCCUUUUCCGGCUCAAUCUUCGGGGAAUGGUCGAAUUGGUUUAGGACUACCAGAUAUAGUCAAAGACUCUAAUGGUGAAAAUUCCAAUAACAGUGUGGAAGAGACAGACCAGUCUAAUGGCAGUGGACUAGAGCAUAAGCUUGAUCCUGGGAGAGGCUUUAAUGAUAAAGAUCAGGAUAUCAUGGUGGCUGACUCAUCCAAUGGCGAUAAGUUAAGUGGUUAUAAACAUGAAACUCCAGUCCCUCAAGUUAACAAUCUAUCACUUAAUGGGAGUCAACCAAAUCCAUGUCGUAAUGUUGGGGAUGCACUUGAUGCCUGGAAAGAAAGAGUGAAUGUCUCUAUUGACAUUGAGGAUAACUUACAGAGUGCAGAUGACAUUGUAGAUAAUGAUGCAAAGGAAUAUGGAUAUACUGCUGAAUUUGAUAAGGGGACAGCCCAAGCAAUUGGGCCAGCAACCACUGACCAGAUUGAUAGAAAUGUGAGGGGAAAUGAUGUUGAAGGAGAUGAUGCUGGAAUGAAUGAAAAAAACAAAUAUGCUAAUGAACUGGAUCUUGAUAAGCUUCAACGACAUUCUCAACCUGUUGUCAGUUCUGCUUCAAAGUUCAACAAUGAUAUAGAAAUGCAAUUGGAGAAGUCAGAAACAGACAAACAACUUGAACAAUCUGCUGCAGAGGAUCACGGUUAUGGUGGUGAUGACCCAAGUAGUUCAUCAUUGGAUAUGGUUUCCGUGAUGAGAAAUUAUUUAAGUGAGGAUAUAAAUCAACUCAGCAAUCUUUCCGUGACUGAUGAUGACUUGGGUAGGGCUUCCAACCUUGCAGAAGAAGCAACAUGUGACUUGAGUGAUGCUGCUUCUCUUUGGAGAAUGUAUGAACUUCGCACUACAAGGCUUUCUCAGGAGUUAGCUGAACAGUUACGUUUGAUAAUGGAGCCCACUAUAGCUAGCAAGCUGCAAGGGGAUUACAGAACUGGCAAAAGGAUAAAUAUGAAAAAAGUAAUUACCUAUAUUGCAAGUCAUUAUCGAAAUGAUAAGAUAUGGCUGCGCCGUACAAAGCCAAACAAACGUGAUUAUCAAGUUGUCGUUGCUGUGGAUGAUUCUGAAAGCAUGUCUGAAUCCCGUUGUGGGUGUGUUGCUAUUGAAGCUUUGGUGACAGUCUGUCGUGCUAUGUCUCAGUUGGAGGUGGGCAAAUUGGCUGUCACAAGCUUUGGGAAAAAGGGGAAUAUCCGGUUGUUGCAUGAUUUCGACCAACCUUUUGCUGCGGAUGCUGGGAUUAAGAUGAUUUCAAGUUUUACAUUCAAGCAAGGAAACUCAAUAGCCGAAGAACCAAUGGGUGAUCUAGUGAAGUAUUUAAACAAUAUGCUUGAUGAAGCUGUCCUUAGCGCAAGGCUACCAGCUGGAGAUAGUCCUCUCCAGCAACUUGUUUUGAUAAUAGCAGAUGGUCGAUUUCAUGAGAAUCCGGAAAAAUUGAAGUGGCGUGUAAGAGACCUGAUGAAUAAAAAGCGCUUAGUUGCAUUUCUGCUGCUAGAUGACCCCAAUGCUUCCAUCUUGGACCUCGGGGACGUCACAUUCCCAGGAGGUGUCUAUAAGUGGAACAAGUACAUGGACUCGUUUCCCUUCCCGUAUUAUUUGGUGUUGAAGGACAUAGCGUCCCUUCCUAGGACACUAGCCGAUUUGUUGAGACAGUGGUUCGAGCUGAUGCAGUCCUCAAGAGACUAACUAUGGUUGUAGUUGUCGACAUUUUUGUUAAGGGAAACUAUCCUGGUGCCUCCACAAUUUUUGGGGAGCCUGUCUGAGCAGCAGGUGAAUUCUUUAUUAGGGACCUGUCUUUACUGAUGGUAAAUAUUUUUUUCUGUCCCUAAGCUGUACAAUAAUUAUUAUCAAAUGUUAAUGGUACCCAGGAAAUCAUUCAUUACUGAUUAAUUAAUUAAUAGCUGAUGGCUCU